AUGCAGACUGCUUCUACAAACAUUUGUGAAAGAAUGGGUAGAUAGUCCAUCCAUGAAAUUUCCUUGCUACUAAAUAUUCCACAGUCAACUUUUAGUAAUAUUAUAAAAAGUGGAAGCAACUGGCAACAACAGCAACUCCGCCAUGAAGUGGUAGGCCACGUAAAAUAACAAAGUGGGGUCAGUGCAUGCUGAGGCGCACAUUGUGCACAAAUCGCCAACUGUCUGCAGAGUCAAUAGCUAAAGACCUCCAAACUUCAUGUGGCCUUCAGAUUAGCACAACAACAGUGUGUAGAGAGCUUCAUGGAAUCUGUUUCCAUGGUGAAGCAGCUGCAUCCAAGCCUUCCAUCACCAAGUGAAAUGAAAAGCAUCGAAUGCAGUGGCGUAAAGCACUACUAGACUCUAG